AAUAAUUUUUUUCUUUUCUUGUUGCAAUAAAUUGAUAUUUAUUUUGUUCAAUUUUACUGAUGCAGUUUUUAACGCAACAUUUAUAUGCAACAAAUUUAACAUUUCUUUUGUGAACACAAAUUUGAUUUCUCUCUCUCGGCUCUUGACACAUGUAUAAAUAUUUGCACAUUCAACAUCGGACAUGAGUGCUAAAGCGAUGAUCACAUUUUAUCUGUUUUCGUGGACAUAACAUUUAUAACAUUAUUUCUGAUCUGAUUAAAGAUUUGGUAUACAUAAUUGACUGAAAAUUUUGCGCUAAGCACACAAUUUGAUAGAAAUGGGAUUAGCGAUGAACUUUGCUCUUCUCAUUUACACAUUAUUAAUUGUGACUGCAAGUACGGAUGAAAUAGAAUCUAAAGAAAUAGUAAUAGUAGUAUUGAGCCAAGAAGAACCUUAUAAUGAAGCUCUUGCUACAUCUUUGGAGACUCACAUCAAAGAGCAAGCUAUUAGUUUUGAUAAAGAAUCACCAAAAAUUUUCUUAACUCAUAGAGAUUUCUUCAUUCAAGGUUCUUGGAUGAUUACUCCAUUUUUAAAAUAUAUAAAACAAGUUACAGCUUCUGAAAUAAAAUGGUUCUUCUUUUGUUUGGAAAAUACUAUGGUCCAAUUAGAGAAACUAUUGAAUGUUCUUGGCAAUUACAACUCAUCUCAGAAUCUGUGGAUUGGACAGACACUUUUUGAUCAAGAACCUAGCAUUAUUCAUCACUUUGCAAUAAAGAAGACAUUUAAAUAUCCGCUUCUUGCUUCUGGAUUUGCCAUGACUUCUGUGUUAAUGCAGAGAUUAAUAAAACAUAUUGAAAGCUAUAAACUAAAAAAUGAGUUUUCUAUUGAUAUGGCAUGGGAAUUUGCAAAAUUUGUUUUAGACAGUUCGAAUACAAAAUUAACUCAUGAGUCCAAGCUAUGUAUUGUAUCUACUCUUAAUUGUGCUACAUAUGUCCGAUACUUGGAGGCUUGCAAUUUUACCAUACUUCCAGAGCAUACAUAUUUUGCUGUCAAGACAUGUGCCAAAUAUCAUACAAACAGAAUUCCAGUGAUUAAAAACACUUGGGCAAAAAACUUGAUAAAUAUUGGAUAUUUCAGUGACGUGGCAGACAGAAAUUUACCAGAAGCAUAUGUCGUACCAAACACAACCACGGGACAUUGCUUGAAAACUUAUUCUAUCUUACAAAAAGCUGACCAUAUAUUAAAAACAAAUCGUUUUAAAUGGCUUGUCAUCAGCGACGAUGACACCAUAUUAAGUCCGGUGCGUUUAUUACGUUUGCUCACAUGUUACAAUUCCGACCGUCCAGUUGCGAUUGGCGAACGUUAUGGCUUUCGUAUAUGGGAUUUGGAUAAUGGAUUUGAAUAUUUAACUAGUGGUGGGGGAGUUGCUUUAUCAGCUUCUUUGGUUCAUCGAAUAGUAAAAGUAUGUUCUUGUCCAGAAGCGACUACUCCCGACGAUAUGUAUCUUUUUGGAAAUUGUCUGAAGAUACUUGGAAUUAAACCUGUGCAUUCUCCGCUGUUUCAUCAGGCACGUCCCCUAGAUUACGCUUAUCCUUAUUUAGCGUCUCAAGAACCCAUAUCAUUUCACGGAUUUUGGAAUAUCGAUCCUGUAGAUAUAUAUGACGAAUGGUUUGCAGAUACAGAUAGUAUUUUAAGUCAUAAAGAAAGAACACAACUACAUACAGAAUUAUAAUUGUUCAUCGUUUAUAAUUUUUUUUUUUUUUUUUAUAUUCCUAAUUGCAAAACCACAUUAUAAAAAAUCGUU